AAAGUUUGGCCCUUACUAAUAUGUGACGAUUUGUUGCGGUAGUGAUACGUGACUGAUUCGUCCCUCGUGGCUCAGCGAUGCAAUCAGCCGACUAAGACGGAAAGCCGGUGUUAAUCUGACAUCUUGGUUUCAUGUUUACGCCUCGCUCAUAAACGAACUCGGUUCUUUUUACAUUCCUUCCUUUUGAAUUUCUCUUCAGAUUCGACCUUCCUCUUCCUCCUCCCUUUUUCCGCUUUUCAACACUGGGGAUUUACUGUUUGGAAUAUCUCAGUCUUCUAGUGAUCUCUGUGCUUAUCACGUGUGAGGAACACAAGAGGGGGGCCUGUAGGUGGAAUACCAUUUUGUUGUUGGAUAUUUUAAUGUGGUUAUCUAUUAAGAAUGAUCCUCUCAGCUCUUCUUACAUCUGUUGGAAUCAAUCUUGGACUUUGCCUUUUGUUUUUCACUUUGUACUCUAUUCUAAAGAAGCAGCCGGGUAACCUCACCGUUUAUGCUCCACGUUUAGUUGCUGAAAGAAAGCUUAGACAAAUAAGUGAUUUCAACUUGGAGAGGCUUUUACCUUCUGCUGGUUGGGUAAAAAAGGCAUGGGAUCUUUCAGAAGAUGAACUUUUGGAGAACUCAGGUCUAGAUGGAGUGGUUUUUAUGCGAAUCUUCACUUUCAGUUUGAAGGUAUUUGCUGUUGCUGCAAUUAUUGGCGUAUCUAUUCUUCUUCCCAUUAACUUUUUGGGAAGUCAGCUGGAUGUUGAUUUUUCUGAUCUGCCCAAUAAGUCUUUGGAUUCUUUCAGCAUUUCUAAUGUCAACAAUGGCUCAAACAGGUUAUGGAUUCACUUUUGUGCUGCAUAUGUUUUUACUGGGGCAGUGUGCUAUCUUCUUUAUUAUGAAUAUAAAUUAAUUUCUUUAAAGAGGAUUGCAUUCUUCUAUGGUUCUCAACCUCUAGCUCACCAAUUCACAGUUUUAGUUCGUGGUAUUCCUGUUCUAUCUGGAAGCAGCUUUAGUGAAAAUAUUGAUAAUUUUUUUAGAGAUUACCAUCCCCACACAUACCUUUCUCAUACAAUUGUUCGUCGGACAACCAAACUUCAACAGCUUAUGGAUGAUGCAAACAAACUUUACAGAACAGUAGCUCAGAUGAAGUCUGAUGAACAUACCAGUCAAAGGUCUAGGUAUAACGGCUUUUUAGGGUUUUUUGGUACCAGAGAUCGACAUUUACAUACUCUAGAGAAAAGAUUAGAGGUUAUGGAGGACAAUAUGCGGAUGGAACAAUUUUCAUUGCAUGAAAAGGAAGUUCCAGCUGCCUUUGUGUCUUUCAAAUCACGAUAUGGUGCUGCAAUAGCUUUACACAUACAACAGGGGAUCAAUCCUACAGAGUGGGUCACGGAACCAGCCCCUGAGCCUGAUGAUGUUUAUUGGCCUUUCUUUUCAACCUCAUAUCUCAGGAGGAGGAUAUGCAAGUUGGUGGUGUUUGUGGCUUCGGCUCUUCUCACAAUUCUAUUUCUCAUUCCUGUUGUGGUUGUUCAAGGUCUUACUCACUUGGAACAGCUAGAGAACUAUUUUCCUUUCCUUAGAAGCAUCCUAACAAUAACUUUCGUUAGUCAGGUGAUAACUGGAUAUCUUCCGAGUCUCAUUCUUCAGUUGUUUCUAUCUUUUAUACCACCAAUCAUGAAGAUGCUGUCUUCUAUUCAAGGUUACAUAUCUAUGAGCGAGAUCCAAAAAAGUGCAUGUAAUAAGGUGCUAUGGUUUACAAUAUGGAAUAUAUUCUUUGCAAAUGUGCUAUCAGGAUCAGCAUUAAGUCAAGUUAACGUGUUUCUUGAGCCUAAAAAGGUUCCUACAUUACUUGCUCAAGCCGUUCCUGCACAGGCUUCAUUCUUCAUUUCAUAUGUUUUGACAAGUGGAUGGACUAGUUUAUCAUCGGAGCUAUUUCAGCUAGUCACUCUCAUCUGCAGUUUCCUGAAAAGAAUUUUUUCUAGAGAAGAGAUUGAUGAUUUAGAAGUCCCAACAAUUCCUUAUGAAAGUGAAGUUCCAAGGAUUCUCUUCUUUUUGCUUCUUGGAAUAACAUAUUUCUUCCUUGCUCCACUGAUUUUGCCAUUCCUUCUAGUUUACUUUUGUAUGGGUUAUCUCAUCUUCCGAAAUCAGCUUUUGAAUGUCUAUGCACCAAAGUACGAAACUGGUGGAAAGUACUGGCCUAUUGUGCAUAACUCAACAAUAUUUUCUUUGGUUCUCAUGCAUAUCAUAGCUAUAGGAAUUUUCGGGCUGAAAGAACUCCCUUUGGCAUCUAGCUUAUGCAUUCCUUUACCUAUUCUCACACUUUUAUUUAAUGAGUAUUGUCGCAAUCGUUUCCUGCCUUUGUUCAAAGCAUAUGCUGCUGAGUGUUUGAUCAAAAAGGAUAGAGAAGAACAAAAUGAUCCAAGAAUGACAGAAUUUCUGGAGAAAGUAAUGACUGCAUAUCAGGAUCCAGCUCUGAAGCCUGGUCAAUAUUCCAGGAACACUGAUACCCAAACUUCUCCACUUCUUAAUUCUACUCAAAUUUGAACUUUUUCAAUGUUUUUACAUGAAUAAUCUUGUGUGUAUGUUUAAGAAUUCUCAAAAUUAAAUUUAGUGCAUGAUUUUUUGUUAAAUUGGUUUGAAUGAAAAAAAGCAUGAUUUCCACCAUGAAUUUUUUCAAGCCCCAAUUUUGAUUAUUAUAUUAUGCUAUGUUUUGCUCUAAUUAUGUAAAUUUUUAAUGAGAUUGAUAUAUUCAAAUCAUGAAUUAUGAACCAGUAGCUGCCAAAAUUAGAAAAAGAAAGAUUUUGAAAGCGUGUUGAAGGUAUCAAGGUAUUAUUACUUGGCUAGCGCUCAAAUUGUUCUGGGUUAGCAUUUUAAUGGAGGAUUAAAAAGGAAGAAAGUGGAAGGAAGAAAAUAGGAAAGAUAUUGGGAAAUUCUACGUGGUAUAUUGAAGGUAAUGAAGAUAGCAGUGUGAGACUAAUCAGCUAGACAACAGAAGGUGCAGCUUUUCUUGAUCAGAGGCAGAAGGUUUUAUGUGCAGCUAAUAUUCAGAAGUUUAUUUUUCCUGAAGCUAUUCAACAUAGAAGAUAUAUGAUGUAUCUAGAUGGUCUAUGCAGUUAAUAUUUUGUCUUUUGUACACGUCUUAUAUUAGUCAGUUAGUUCAUCAGAUUGUUAGGGAUUCUUAAGUGUUGUUAGUUAGUUAUAACAACCUCCUGUUUUUUGUUUGUUUCUGUCUUCUGUCUAUAUAAAGACAACAACCCCUCUCUUUGUAAGUGUGAUUUCAUCAUCCAUAAGAAGAAUAUUUUUCUGCCCUUUGUUUCAUUUUGUAACAUGGUAACCCUGAGGUUUUGGGUUUUCCACGUGGUAACCAAAAGUUGAUUAUUUCUUAGUGUGCAAGGGAGAUCGGCCCUCAUGCUUGGAUUGUAAGGUGGUGUUGGGUACAGAGAUGCCCACCGAACAUAGGCUUUUAGUACUGGUUUUUAGGAUGAGAAAGAAAAUCGUAGAGAAGAAGGUCGAGUCCAGGGGAAAGAUCAUGUGGGGAGACUCAAAUGAGAUAUGGUCACAACCCUGUCAAGCAAGAUAAGUUUAUUGCGCUUUCCAAGUCAAUCAGAGGAUGCGAAUGAAAUGUGGGUGAACAUGCCAAAAACCAUUAGAACAGUAGCAAAAGAGACCUUGGGGGUGUCUUCGGGUAAACCAAAAGUGUUCAAAGAGUGUGGUGGUGGAACGAUGAGGUGGAAAAGAAGAUAAAGGAUAAAAACAAGAGAUUUAAGGAUCUUAAGGCAUGCACGGAAGAUCAGGAUAGAAUAGAAAAGAGAGUGAGCUAUAAAGAAACAAAGUGGGCGGCAAAGAAAGCGGUAACGGAAGCAAAAAAACCGUGGUUAUGAGGACUUGUAUCGGAAGCUUGACACCAAAG